CAUUUUUACCACAUCACUAUAAACGUUCAAUAAACAUUGAACGAAAAAAAAAAUAAGAAAAAAAAAACAAAAAUUACCGACAAAAAAACAUUUCAAACUAAAAAACAUAAUAAAAUGCAAAUAUCGGGAGUAAAAUACAAUUGCUGAUAUUUAAUACAUAAAUCAGUAACCAAAUAUACAAUUAUCCAUAUCACAAAAAACUUCAUAGACAUUUAUUUCACUUUAUCAUUAUAAUCAGAUAACUUGUAUUUUAUCACUAGUGUUCUACAAAAAAUAUAACUUCAGUGAAAUCUCGUAUCUAUUACUGGUUAAAACACAAUGGACUCGUUAUUGAUCAAUACUUUCAUGUUGUAUUUACAUUAGCAAAUAACCUUUAAUUGUAAACAAUACAAUUACUUUUUGAAAGGUGUGACUAAAAGGUGGCAUUAUUUAAAACAUAAUAGAAAUAUAGUAAUGCAGGGAAAGGCAAAACAAAAUGGCCACAACACUAAAUGAAGAAAUAUCUAUACAAGAAACAGAAGCUCUGAACACUCCGAAUAAUGUUGAAAUCAAGAAGAAAACUGGCUUUAGAUACUUACUGGGCAUUAUUACAGUAGAACCAGUGGCGUUCAUAGUAUUGUUCGCUAGUAUACUGUCAUCUAUGUCGACACAGACUUUAGCCUUAGAAAAAGCUUGUAGAGUGAGUCUAAGACUCGAAGAUGCUAUCUGUGAUUCACUGAGAGCACAAAACCAAUCGAAUAACUUCACCGAUUACGAGAGAAUAGUCCAAGAGCAUUAUUCUGCUCAGCUAACGUGGAGAAGCGCUUUGCAGUCCGUAUUACCGCUCCCUAUGCUGCUGUUUGCUGGAGGCUGGAGCGACAAGACAGGCAGAAGAAAAGCCAUCAUUCUAGUUCCCAUAAUCGGCGAAACUCUUCAAUGCAUCAGCAACAUCUUAAACGUGGUGUUCUUCUACGAAAUCCCGCUUAAGGCUUUGAUAUUCUUUGAUACAUUCUUCUCGGGGAUCACUGGGAGCACAACUAUAAUGUUCUUAGCGCUGUUCAAUUAUAUCUGCGAUAUAACUACCUCGGAAAACAGAACUCAGAGGUUGGGACUCGUCAAUCUGUGUACGUUUGCCGGAAUGCCGCUAGGUUUGGCGUUAUCCGGGAUAAUGUUGAGGCAUCUUGGGUACUAUGCCAUAUAUGGAACAGCUCUUUUUCUGCACUUUAUAAACGUUUUGUAUGUGACAUUCCGGAUAAAGGACCCAUUGAGGACUAAAGAGCAAAUUAUGACGUACGACAACAAAGGCUGCUGCCAUUUUUUAAAAGAGUUCUUCGACCCUAGAACAUUGAGGGAUUCCUUCAAAGUGCUAUUUAAAAAGACUGAAGACAACCGCCGUUUGUAUUUACUAGUUAUACUUAUGACGGCUUGUUUGUUGUAUGGACCUGUAUAUGGUGAAGUCUCCGUUCUGUACUUGUCCCUUAGAUACAGAUUUAACUGGGACGAGAUGCAGUUCACCCUGUUCCAGACUUAUAAUUUUGUUGUCAACAUGAUUGGAACAAUAUUCGCUGUAGUCGUGUUGAGCAAGUACUUGAAGUGGCACGACGCCCUGCUGGGAAUCACGUCUACGAUAAGUAAGAUUGCGUCAUCGUUCGUCUAUUGCUUCGCGCCGAACGCGCAAAUCUUAUAUAUAGGUAAACUGAAUUCAAUAGUCGGUCAGCUUGAAGUCAUGAUGCCGUUAAUAUACGUUACAAUGUUUACGCAAUUGUAUACGGCUACUAUGGACGUCCUGCCGGGAGCAAUAUUCCUGCUCGGAGCAGGACUGACUCUUCCUUCCAUCUUCGUAUUCAUAUGGCUGUAUUGGCGUCACAGGAAAGAUGUACAAAAAGAAAAAAUUAAAAUAGCUAAUGAAAUACCUCUUACGUAGGAUUAAAAUGUACUGCACAUAAA